UUGACACACCCCCUUUUAUUUUUUGGCUUAACAGCGUUGUAUGCUGGUUGAAAGAAUGAGUCUUCCCACUAGGAUAACUGAUUUAAUUGUAAAAGACAUUCGAUUUCCAACUUCAUUAGAGAAAGAUGGAUCUGAUGCAAUGCAUAAAUCCCCAGAUUAUUCUCUUGCAUACGUUACUGUAAAGACAGACAGUGAAAUAGAGGGACGAGGGAUGACCUUCACUGUUGGGAGAGGAACACAUAUAGUCUGUUGUGCUGUAGAAGCCUUCAAAAAGCUGGUAGUUGGACAGAAAUUAGCUGAUAUUUUUGGAGAUUUUGGACAAUUCUGGCAGUCUAUAUGUAGUGAAGACCAAAUCAGAUGGUUAGGACCAGAAAAGGGUGUAACGCAUCUAGCUACAGCAGCCAUUGUUAAUGCAAUAUGGGAUUUAUGGGCUAAAAUGGAAGGGAAGCCUUUGUGGAAACUUCUUGCAGAUAUGGAACCAGAGAAGCUUGUUUCAACCAUUGAUUUCAGAUACAUGGAGGAUGCAUUAACAAAACAGGAAGCAAUAGAACUUUUAAAAUCAAGACAAGCUGGAAAGGCAGAUAGAGAGGCUGAACUGAAAAGUGCAGGUUUUCCAGCUUACACAACAUCAUGUGGUUGGUUAGAUUAUCCAGAUGACAAGAUCAGAAAGUUGGCAACUGAAGCGAUUAGUCAAGGAAUGGAGAGAUUUAAAAUGAAAGUUGGAGGAGAUAUUGAAGAUGAUAUCAGAAGGGCCAAAAUCUUCAGAGAAACAAUUGGAUAUGAUAGAUUAUGGAUGGUGGAUGCUAAUCAGAAAUGGGAAGUACAGGAAUCUAUUGAUUGGAUGAAAAAGUUAGCUCCAUAUAAACCAUUAUGGAUUGAGGAACCCACAAAUCCAGAUGAUAUUAUGGGCCAUGCUGCUAUUGCUGAGGCAUUGAACCCUCUUGGUAUUGCUGUUGCAACAGGAGAACAUUGUCAAAACAGAGUAAUGUUUAAACAGUUUCUGAAGGGCAAGGCUAUGCAGUAUUGUCAGAUUGAUGCCUGUAGAGUGGGUGGUGUUAAUGAAUGUAUAGCAAUUAUUCUAAUGGCAGCAAAAUAUAACAUUCCAGUUUGUCCCCAUGCUGGUGGUGUAGGUCUGUGUGAACUAGUACAACAUUUAUCCAUAUUUGACUACAUAUCAGUUGGUUGCUCUUUAAAAAACAGAAUGAUAGAAUAUGCUGAUCAUUUACAUGAACAUAUGGAAGCACCUGUUAAAAUAAAGAAUGGUUGUUACGUAGUACCUACAGUUCCAGGAUAUUUGGUUGGUGUUAAAGAAGAAGCCAUUAAACAGUUUGAAUAUCCAAUGGGAAGUGAGUGGCAGAGAAUGUUUGCUGAUGGUACAUUUGAACCUGAUGUGUAAUUGACUUCAAUCUGAUGUGUAGUUUUAACUACUGUAAUAUAAAAGACUAAAGUUGACUGUUUGAUCUCUUUAUAUUCAGUCAACUUUUGGUUGAUUAUAAUUUCUGUUAUAACAGAUACAGACAGCCUUUAGCUCAUUUUAUGUUUUAUGUCUCAGAAACAUAGAUUGUUGAUAUUUUUCAUAUGGCAUUUUUAACCUUUUUUAUAAUAUUAUCCAAUUUGAAAUUGUGCAAUACACAUUAAAUCAGACUGUAGUUUACACUAGGUAAAAUAGCAUUACAUCUUUUGAAUUUAUAGGUUUAAUCAAUGUUUAAAAGAUAUAUGGAAAUACUUGAAAUAAUACAGUGUCACAUUUCAUUUUAAGUACAUGCAUAAAUUUAAAAAGAUUAGUAACCAGGCAAAUUAAACAGACAUCAAAUUCAGAUUAAGUUUUAUACAGGUAGAAACAUUGUGAAUUACUGCAAAUCUUUUCAGCAGUAUUAUUUAGGGAACAGUUAAGACCUUAUUUAAAAUUACUUUGGAAAAGCUUUUUUCUUUGAAAAUUUUAAUUCGUAUAAAGCAAACUUGACUGUAUUCAUGGUCAGCAUUACACAGUUGAGUGGUUUAAGCUUCUUUCAGCCUCUUGGUACUUAAUUUUGUUCUAAAUCAUCCAUAAUUAUAUCUGACUGUAUUUACCAAGUUGCUGCCAUAGUUAUUUUAUUUUUGAAUGCCUACUUUUUUGGGAGAAUUCCAUCAUUAUGUAAACCAUAUUCUUUAUGAGGUAUGUAAUCAUUUUUAUAAAUUAAGUUAUGGGAUAAGAGUUUGCCAUAUUUAUACAGAAAGGGGCUAACAAAUUAUGGAUUGAUUUUGUUUUUGUUUGGUGAAGGAAACUUUGAUUUAAAGAUUAUGCAAUAGUAUAGUUUCAUUAUACCCUGUAACAGAUGCAUUUUUUUUUUCCCGUAAUAUACAGAGGUUGUUGUUGAUUGUUAUUAAUUAUUUAUUUUUAUAUGAAAUUUUUACACGAAUCAAAAUAAACAAUAAUAUAUUUA